AUGAACACCGGACGCAGUCACACGUGCCCAUCACGCUACAAACAGGCCGACCAGCAUCACAGAUCCGCUUAUGCAAUGAUCGCUGAAGCGCUCGGAGUUUCGUUUGACUGGAAAUUUCAAUUUGAGAAUAUUGUUGGAGAAAUUGGCGAUUAUGUGCUUAUUUCUAAUGCUGACGCUGCUGAACCAGACACAGAAGCUGGUUGUGAUGCGGCACGCAUUCUAUCUUUGUAUGAAGACCGCAGUAACACCACCGAUCCGUUUAGAGCUAAAGUUCAAUGGUACUCGAGGCCUACUGACCUACCUAAUUGGUGUUUUAGUAACAUGGAACCAAUCAGCUUUCAUGAAAAAGAGGUGAUAGAAGACCAUCGCCCCUUCAAUCAAGAUGUAUCAAUAGAAACUUUCUUCAAAAAAUGCACCAUAACCCUCACAUUUACAAAAGAUAUAGAUGACACUAUGAAGGAACCCUACCAUUACAUAUGUAGGUAUAGACUCAUGAACAUGAGUAGAAGGAAAGUACAAAUUGAACCGGUUCUAGAACAGGAGAGGAGAGCCUUGGCCUUAUUAAGUACACCAAGUAAAACUCCCUCUAAAACAGUAACACUAAAAACACCGACCAGUUUGGUCAAAAAAAUGAGCAGAGUAUCCAUCUCAGAGAAGAACUGGAGUGUCACUAAAAAUGAUGGCACAAAAUUACUCCUCAAAAGAGCCAUUCUAGCUGAUAAAAAUGAAAAGGAUUCACCAAAAGAAGUCACACCAAAAGCAACACCAACAAAGAAGGUCACAGCAACACCAAAAAGUUCUAAAAAGUUAACAAACAGUAACAUAGAGGAUGUGUUAUCUAUGGAAUUAAAAGAAAAUUCUGAUGAUGAGAUCCCAACAUUGAUUAUAAGGCAGCAUGUACCGACUACACCAAAACGAAAGCAGUCUAUUUCUAAAGUAGCCAAUGAGGAGACUCCUAAAAAGGUUUUAGUGUUUGAAGAUGAAGAGAUGAGUACUCCUACUAGAUCAAGCAGGGCAAAGGCUAAUGUUAAUUAUCAGGAGCCUGAAGAAUCUCCUAGGAAAAGAACUCCUAGAAAGAUUAUUCGUAAGACAUCUGAGAGUGAUGAUGACUUUCGACCAGCUCCUCGGACUCCCAGAACACCAAAAACUCCAAGGACACCGAGAACUAGGACUCCAGCACAAACUCCUAAGCGCAGUGUGACUAAAAGAAUUCUAACUAGUCAACUAACACCAACUUUGCAUAACAGAGCACAUUCUAUAGACAAUAUUGAUGAGUUUCUCAAACAAAACAAGUCUUUACCAGGCAGAGAGGGACAAAUGGAAGAAAUAUUGUCAUUUGUUAGAACAAAACUGCUAGAUGGGACUAGUGGCUGUAUGUACAUAUCAGGAGUGCCUGGUACAGGGAAAACUGCAACAGUGUGCUCAGCUCUGAAAUACUUGAAAGAGGAAGUGGAUCUACCAGACUUCCAGCUGGUGGAAGUGAAUGGCAUGAGGAUAGCAGAGCCUAGACAGGCUUAUGUGCAGAUAUACAAACAACUUACUGGUAAAUCUGUUGUAUGGGAACAAGCUUGCUCACUAUUAGAAAAGAGGUUUACUAAUCCAGGACCUAGGAGAACACCAACUGUGCUGCUAGUUGAUGAGCUCGACGCUCUAUGCACACGCCGUCAAGACGUGUUGUACAGUAUAAUGGAGUGGGCGGCACACAACACUGCCCUGCUGACAGUACUGGCCGUUGCCAACACGAUGGACUUGCCCGAACGAGCGCUGGCAGCCCGUGUGGCCUCCCGCCUCGGUCUCACGCGCCUCACCUUCCCGCCCUACACACAUACACAGCUUCAGAACAUCGUGGCCACGAGGCUCUCUGGUGCUAAUGUCACUGCAGAUGCUGUACAACUUAUUGCUAGAAAAGUGGCAGCAGUGUCAGGUGAUGCUCGGCGUGCGCUUGCCUUGUGUUCCCGUGCGUUAGAACUGGCUGGUCCAGACGGCGCUGGACUGAAGGAGGUGCAACAAGCUCUAGGUGAAGCUGCCUCCAGUGCUGCUGUGAGAGCGAUAAGAAACUGUUCGCCUGCUGAAAGACUCAUGUUGAGAGCAGUUGCUGCAGAGGUGGAAAGAACAGGCUCAGAUGAAACAACAUUAUCUCGCGCGCUUCAAACAGCAGCUGCAAUAGUGGCCCUCGACGGUCGUCCUUACAAAACAGCGCCCUCUAUCCGUGCUCCCACGCCGUCGCAAGCACAGGCAAUAUGCACCAGAUUGGCUGCACUACGACUUUUAUUACUAGAACCAAAACCAGCUGAACCACGACUAUUGUUGAAUAUUAGCGCCGAUGAUGUGCAUUAUGCGACUAAGCAAAUUAUUGUUUGA